UCUCUAUCAAAUAUUGGUUAGUGAUUGUGAUUAAUACUUUUUGCUCCAAAUGGAAAAUUCAUUUAUUUUAUAUAAAAACUAAUAAUUUUAAUUCCUCACAUUACUUCUCAAAGAAGUAGUAAACACUCAAAGAUGAUGCUUUUCAUGUUAUUAUUCAGUCGGCAAGGGAAACUAAGAUUGCAGAAAUGGUAUAUGGCUUAUCCCGAUAAAGUAAAAAAGAAGAUCACGCGCGAAUUGGUGACCACCAUACUUGCACGUAAGCCAAAGAUGUGCUCAUUCUUGGAGUGGAAAGACUGCAAAAUUGUAUACAAACGAUAUGCGAGUUUAUAUUUUUGUUGCGCCAUUGAACAGAACGAUAACGAGCUGCUAACACUCGAAAUCAUUCACCGUUAUGUGGAGUUGUUGGAUAAAUAUUUCGGAAGUGUUUGUGAGUUGGACAUAAUUUUCAAUUUUGAAAAAGCGUACUUCAUCUUGGAUGAGUUGUUGAUUGGUGGUGAAAUUCAGGAGACAUCAAAGAAAAAUGUGCUUAAAGCGAUUGCAUCCCAGGAUCUGCUACAAGAGGACGAAGCUGUUGAGGGCACUUUAAGAGACAUUGGACUACUGUAAAAUGUUGCAAAAAAAUUAUGCGAAAAAACUAAGUAAAAAUAGCAAUAAAGCUUUAAACUUACAUUCCUCAAUUUUAUCGAUGAAAUUGCCUACACAUUUUUAAUCACUACACGAAAAUAUUCAAUAUAAAUACAUAUAUCAAAUUAAGAAUUGUGCUGACAAAUUAGGCGCAAUAUUUGAAAAGUAAAUGAUAAUUUUCUAACCUAAAUUCAGUAGCACUUAUCUAAACUGUAGGUAAUUUUUACUCUUUCGUUUCUAACAACUAGAUAUUGUAAAAUAUUAUAUUUGAUUGAGAUGCGUUUCUUUUGCGUGUGUGUAUGCGUGUGUGUGUUACAAGAUAGUGAUGAGGCAUAUACAGUUCAGCAGAAAUAAUUAAAAUUUGAAGUUACAUAUUCAUUAUUUGUAUGACCAAUAUAGGGGAUCUGCCCAUAAACACGUUUGUUUUUGGCAGAUGCUAUUCGCAAAUCAAAGCCAAUCACUUAGAAUUUUGCUUAUCAGCGUUUUAUUUAUGUAUGUAUCGAAAUGAAUAUCAUCGCAGCUAUAAAAUCCAUGGUUGAAUAAAAGUUGCUAUCAGUGAAAUCAUAGCGUAAAGACACAUUUUGUGUGCAGCAAAUACGGUUUAGUUAAAGUCUCUUUACUAUAAUUUAUCACUAAUAUAUUUUUAAACAAUAGGUUAAAACAAGUUGUGCCAAGGCAGAUGAAAGUUUUAAUAUUGGAAUGUUUUCCAGAAAAUCGUAUCUUUUUCUUCGAAGUUAAAUUCGCAGAUAAUAGAUAAGAGAAAUAAUGCCUAAAAACCGUAUAUUCGGAAAAUUUUUCUUCAUUAGUAUUCUGUUUGGCCUGCAUGCAUUAUGGCCUAGGCAGACGAAGGCGUUAAUCCGGAUUACCGACGCGGUUAAUUCUGAUUAAAUUUAUAAUGUGAUAGACGGUUGUUACGCGGGUUAGUGAACAACUGAUUUGUUCAUUGGAUAGUUUUGAUAGUAAAAGAUGGAUCGCAGACGACAAAAUAAUAAAUAUUUGUUUAAAAAAAAUCUUAAUUUGCAAUUUCUUUUCCUGAGAUAAUUCCGAAUUAAGUCGUUAAUACCGAUUAAACUCCCGUCUGGCUAUUACGCUAAGGAAUAAAAAAUUAUUGUUAAAAUGGUUGUGACGUGUCGUUAUUUUGUGACAGAUAAUAAAGCAUUUUCAUUGGUGAAAAGUAAUCAAACCUUUUGUUUAAUAGCUGAAUAUAUCUUUUUUCGAUAUUCCCAUAUUAAUAUCAUGCAGUGAAAAUAAGUAUUUAAACUAUUUUUUCAAAAAUCUAGUCAUUUGGAACCUUAAAGUCUUUUAAAAAAUGUUGUUUAUGAGAAAAUCAGAAACUGAGUAUGCAGCAUUACUACAUAAAAUUUAGAGUUUCACGUAUAUGUGCAGUUUUUCCUGGGUAACAAAAAAACAUUUCCAAAUCUGCUAAAAUUCGAGGAUUGCUGUUGUAUGCUCUUAACAUAUUAUAUCCUCACAAGAAAGUUAAGCCCGAGCUGCGAUUGGGACACUUGGCGCUAUUUCUUUGUAAAAUUUGAUAUGCCUUUAAAGAGUUGCUUGAUGACGUAUGUUAGGUAUUCUGCUUUGCUAUUUCUGAUUUCAAUGCUCGCAUUCUAGUUAACGUUUGACAAUAUGAACUGCUGUCCAGGGUUCGAAUUAUGUGUUCCAUCACGUUCACUGGCGUAUCGUAAUUUGUCACAGAGUGUAAUAGAUUCAAGGCCAAUUGUAAUAGAAAUAAUAAAUAAAAUUAAAUGGAAGCCGAACUACUUUUUUGUUUAGAAAGUUCCGAUGAGGAGGUAUAUGUACCUGCGUAUUGAGAGAAGAAGGCUAAGGGAUUCUCUUGUUUUGCCACUAAAUGAGUAAGUUCUUUUAAAGAUAAAACUUAGUGCUUAAUUUAAAUUUUUUUUUUGGUUCAUUACAAGAAGCUUUCCAAUAUCUUACCAAUCUGUCCUUAUUUACUUACACGUUUUCUUCUUGGGUAUCUUUUUUUGGUUUUGAUUUUUGUUCGCUGUAAAUAAAAGUUUACAUUUCCUCUUGUUUCACACACAUUUGUGUAAAUUUAUACAUAUGCUGUUUAUUAAAGUUCAUUUACGAAAGUAGUACGAAGUGCGUCGAACGAAAUUUUUUGACGUUUGUGUUAUAUAAAGUAAGUUCAUUGAACUCAUAAUACAAAAUUACGAGAACAGGGAUACAAUAACGUAUUGUGUAAUACGGAAUUGGUCUUUUUGAGAGUCAAGCAAUCGAGUUGUAUGCCGUUUCCGAACGGCAAAUAGUUUUUAUGACGGGCUUUUUUCAUGGGAGGAAGAUACUCUAACGAGGGGGCUACCGUUCUUAGAAAAAACUUGUUUUAUCAUUUGGUGGUUCAUACUCCAAGAUUCGAACCCGGGUAUUAUCGAAUGGUAGUCACGCUCAAUUCGUAGCAGUGCUGGUUUGCUGAACCGAGUCAAGGUGAACGAGGCCCCUGAUCUUAAAAAGGUUAAAUUCCUGAAACAUCAGCCCGUUAUUGGGGAAACCCGAGUAAUUCCGGUAUGUAGAGCCGUCUGUCAGUGGAAUCUUUAUUUUUGUAUUUUCUCGUAAGUAUUUUUAAGCUGUAAUGAUUUCAUUUUAACAUACAUACAAUUCAACGCUGUGGAGCUGACUGUCGAGGAUUCCCAUUACUUAUUAUUUGUUUAUAUUUAUCAAUCUUUAUUAGGGUAUUUUUCAGUACCGACUUUUAAGCUUUAAUGCGAUACAAUGAAAUAAAUUAAAUACAAUGAAGUAAAUUAAUGCACCAUAGUCGAAUUCUAUUCAUGCAAAACUUAUGAGUAAGUCCUUUCCACUGAGAUCAACAGUUUAUUAUAUAAUUUUUAGUAUAACAACUUUCGAACUGUACAUUUAAACCCGAAAGAAAACAUUAAGAAUCUUAAAACCAAAGAGAAAAGCAGUUGAAGAAAAGUAAAAUGUCUAAAGCAAUUAAAAAAAUUAUAAAUGGAAUAUGUAUAUGUAGAUUAACAUAUAUGGCAUCCUGAAAAAGUAGUUAUUCUUCUGAGUACAUUAGGAUGCGUGGUAUGAACUCAUAAAACAGUUGAUCUAAAACAAUUCUACAACUCGCUUUGGGCAACAUUUUCAAAGAAAUCAAAAGUCGAACAUUACUUUCACGUCUCCAUAUUUGAGAUAUAAUUGGUUUUCUGCGAUAUUGUUGCUCAGAAUGAUGGAUGGUUUUGGCUUCUCAUAUCCGUUUCCUUUCGGCAAGUGUAUGUACCUAUGUAUGUCGUUUAGGAAUGUCAAGACUUUAAAGCGAUAUUAUCGUGGUUUUGUUUAAAUUUAAGAGCACCUCCAACGCAUAUUCAUAUAUUAAUAAUAUGUACACACAAACGUUAAAAUAUUGAAAUAUUUACAUGCUUCACAUAAAAUAAAAUGUAGCUGUUUGAGAAAUAAAAUCAGGUUGCAAUAAAUAUGAAAAUGAGUAUAGAGAUGGAAAUAAAUACGGGCAAAUUUUGUUUAAAUUUUGUGUACAUUCUGCGAAUUUUUGAUAAAAGUCCGUUUUUCGACUGUGAGGAAAUAUUGAAAUUUAAAUUUCCAAAAUAUACAUUUAAAUUGCUAAUAAAAUAUAACACCAUAAAUUGCCACGGAUUCUUGCUGAGUUAGUAAAAACUGCGAAAAUUGGACCGACAGAUGCCCAAAUAACUUUUUGCCACCUUCCAAUUUCAAUUAACUAAAAUUAUUAGCCUUAAGCUGUGUAUCUACACGACAUGCAUAACUGCAGUAAUAAGUAUACAAUUUGUUGUGUCUCUAGUUGUACAAAAUAUUUUACACGCAAUACUACAUAUUCAGAAUUAGAAUAAUAUGGGGAAAAGUAGUAUUAUAUAUAUAUGUAUUAACUGUGAGGCAAAAUGGAAAAUAUGUACAAUAAAGAAAUUGAAAUAUUUAGUAAAAUUUGA